UGAACACCGCCAACUGACUGUGUUUUUUUUUCCGCGUGAUGUUGAAGCUUGCCGUGGUGGCCAUGGCCUGGAGAAUCUUUGCGAUGAAAGACUCAGACUUUGAGGCGUUGCUGGACAACAUGGACCUUAGCCGAGAUGGUACGAUCCACUGGCACGAGGUGAUGCACAGCGAAGGAUUUGAUCGGCUGCCCAAAGAUGUGAAGAAGAAGUUUCAAAAAGCCUUCACCAAAGCAGAUCGGGAUGAGGACCUGGUGUUGACCAUGGAGGAGUUCAAACAUUUCUACCGGGACACUGAACGGAUUAUGGAGCAGAGAGACCUCAAGCUGGUGUGCCGUGGCACGCAGGACAGUGUUUAGAGUGAACAUGUUGAACCCACAGUCCGAACCCAUUGGCCCAUUGGGUGGAUUGGACACUUUGUUUUUAUCCCAUCACUGGACAUUCCAACUUAAUUAACUUGGCAUUGCCAAGUUGGGCCAAGCCCGUAAGUUGAUGCUUGACGCACGGACUUUUGAGUCAAG